CAGCAACUUCCGGAAAUCCAACGUGUGCUGAAGUCACAUGUGCGCUAGUUCCCUGCAGAGCGUGAGAGACACAUGUACUCCGGCAACUUUCGUAAAUUAAAGGUAAAAUUUCUCUGUUUCCUAGAGAACAUCGGGAUAAGCGCAAGAGCGUGUUUUUGUUCAGCAAGCAACGUUGUAGGUGUCAAGCAUGGGCAGGAAGUUGGAUCCCACCAUUAAGGUGAAAAGAGGACCUGGACGGAAGGCCAGAAAACAGAAGGGAGCAGAAACCGAGCUGUCCAAGUUUUUGGUUGAUGAUGAUGGGCCAAAAAAACUUACAAGCAGAGCGAGAAAACGAGCUAUAAAAAGAGCUCAAGUGACUAAAGAACCCAAACAAGAGGAAAAGCCAAAAAAAGGAUUCUCAGAUGAGAAUAGUAAAUGGCUAAAACCAGCGCAGGGGAAGCGAAAGAUUGAACAAUCUGAAGAAGAUGAGGACAGUGACAGCCAAUGGGAAGAAGAUGAUGAUGAAGAGGGCUUUGAUAACAAGGAAAUGGAGGAGGAGGGGGAGGAUGAUGAUGAAGAUAUGGUUGAUGACUAUGGUGCUGAUGAAGGGGAUGAACAAGACAGUGAUGGAGAAGAGCUUCUGCCAAUUGAGAGAGCUGCAAGAAAACAGAAAAAACAAACAAGCAAGAAACCAGAGAGUGAUGACGACGAUGAGGAUGAAGAAGAGGAAGAUGAUGAUGAUGAAGAGGAAAAGGAUGAUUUAAAGGAAGAUGAGGAGGAGGAAGAGGAUACUGUACAGGCAAAUAUUGAUGAAACUGAAAAAUUCAUACUCCCAGCUGCAGCGGAUAGAGCGAAGGAGGGUCUUUUACCCAUGGACCUACAGACCAUCCAUCAGAGGAUCAAAGAUAAUGUGGAUGUGCUGUCUCACUUCAGUGAGAAGAGAGAAGAGGGUAAAGAGAGAUCGGAGUAUCUCUCUCUGCUGCGCUCUGACCUCUGCACCUACUACAGCUACAACGAGUUCCUCAUCAGCAAACUCAUGGACCUUUUCCCCGUCUCUGAGCUGAUUGAUUUUCUUGAGGCCAAUGAAAUUCAGAGGCCAGUCACCAUCAGAACCAACACCCUGAAAACCAGGAGGAGAGACUUGGCUCAGGCUCUGAUUAACAGAGGCGUGAACCUGGAUCCAUUGGGGAAAUGGUCCAAAGUGGGGCUGGUUAUCUAUGACUCUUCUGUUCCCGUUGGAGCAACUCCAGAAUAUUUGUCAGGCCAGUACAUGUUGCAAGGUGCAUCAUCGUUUCUGCCUGUAAUGGCGCUUUCGCCCCAGGAGGGCGAGUCAGUGCUAGACAUGAGCUCCGCUCCAGGAGGCAAGACCACUUAUAUGGCUCAGCUAAUGAGGAACACAGGCAUGAUUGUGGCUAAUGACGCAAAUGCAGACAGGCUGAAGAGCGUGGUGGGAAACAUCCAUCGUCUCGGUGUCACUAACGCUGUCAUCUGCAACUAUGACGAUGGUUAGUUAUGCGUGUCUAAUCAGAUGUUUUAUUUUGAAUGGUAGGUGAUGGGAGGUUUUGAUAGAGUGCUUUUAGAUGCUCCUUGCUCGGGUACAGGAGUUAUCUCCAAAGAUCCAGGAGUAAAAACCGGCAAGGAUGAGGCUGAUAUUCUUCGCUCGGCUCACCUGCAGAAAGAGCUCAUCCUGUCUGCUAUUGACUCGGUCAAUGCUGAUUCUCCAACUGGCGGAUACCUUGUUUACUGCACAUGCUCUAUUAUGGUAGAGGAGAAUGAGUGGGUGGUGGACUAUGCUUUAAAGAAGAGAAAUGUAAAGCUGAUCCCCACUGGACUAGACUUUGGCAAGGAGGGAUUCAUCAGAUUCAAAGAAAGACGUUUCCAUCCAUCUCUCAAACUGUCUUGCCGAUUCUACCCUCACUCACACAACAUGGAUGGAUUUUUUGUGGCCAAGCUAAAGAAGCUGUCUAACGCCAUCCCCACCGCACCAAGAGAAACAGAAGAUGAAGUAGAAUCUUCAAAAACGGAGACCGCAGCCUCGUCGGAGCAGAUCCAAAAACUAGAAUCUAAGCAACAGAAGCCUGCUUCAACUCCAGAGAAAAGCAACAUGGGCAAGAAGCGGAAAUUAAAACAGAAAAAAUCUGAGACGCCCAUCAUCACGAAGAAAGCUGGAGUGAAAUCUGAGAAUAAAAAAUCCGAUGGUCCCAAAAAGGCCAAAAUUGCAAAGUUGGAUGGUGAAGCAUCCAAAAAGAGUGAGAAACCUAACGAAAAGCAGAAGGUAAAGGAACUGAAUGGAGAUUCAACAAAAGAGGUAGUGAUGGUGAAGAAAGAGGGGAGCCCGUUUGAGAAGAAGAAAAACAAAAUGAAAAGGAAGAGCUUGUUGAAGAAGAAGAAAAACAGAAUGGGGAAAAACAGGUUUAAGAAGUUAAAAAAUAUGGUUGGACAACAAAAAAGUGGACAGUGAAAUUCAGUCUCGUGUCACAGUGUAUUGACAUGGACCUGUAUGCUCAGGACUGGGAUCUCUCAUUGGCUCGACACAAGACAGGAAGUUAAACCAAUCCCAGCCUGCUGUUAGGGACUUAAAUAUCAUCCUUUAGCAACGUACACAAUGGCUUUGUGUAUCUAUCUUGCUUCUCAAGACUUCUGUUAUAAAAUGUUAUAAAUAUUUCAGUGUCCGUUUUUAUGGAUUUUGUUUUGAAAAAGAAACAUUUAUCUGAAAUACUGCAAAGGGAUGUGAGUAUGUGAUCUGUUUUCCUGUAAGAUCGAGCUUAUUUCUUACACCUAUUAAAAAGAAAGAU